ACGUCAACUCCUAUGGGGGAGCCACUUGGCUCGGGAUCAUUUGGUACCGUAUACAAGCUCAAAGGUCUUCCCAUCGCCCGCAAAUACAUACCACUCGCUGAACCUCGUAACGGCUUACCACCUGAGGCUAUACGAGAAAUCGCUUGUCUGCAGCGAUUGAAGAAAUAUGACUCGCGCGCUAGAAUCAAUUGCAUUGACAUUCUCGGCGUUCAGAUAUCGAGAACGGCCAUAAUGAUUGACAUGGAGCUCAUGACUGGCGGAACUCUUGGCGACCUUUUGGACAACUCACAGCUACAGCUUGCGCUUCUCUUACCCUACUCCAUACAGAUGGUGAAGGGCCUCCGUUUUCUUCACGGCGCCAGUAUCAUCCAUCGAGAUGUCACACCACGCAACAUUUUGAUUUCCCCAACGAACUGUCUGAAGAUUGCCGACUUUGGUCUUUCUCAUCUUAUGAGCGGUAUCGAACCGCGAACACCACUAGUCUGUUCAUUGUACUAUAGAGCACCCGAACUUCUC